AUGGCCUCAGACAAGGAUAACAACAUCUACUUCUACAAUCCCUCCCUCGGGGCCGCCGUCCUCUUCGCCAUCAUCUACAUCAUCCCCCUCAUCUACCAGUCAUACAUGACAUUCAUCUUCCCCCGGAAAGCCCAAACACCACGAACCAACUACUUCAUCCCGACGGUGAUUGGCGCCGCCCUCGAAGUAGCAGGCUACGCAACCCGCUGCGCCAGCGUCCAGAAACCAGGCAAUGUCGGCCUGUACGCCGUCUCCAGCACCAUCAUCGUCAUCGCCCCCGUCUUCGUCUGCGCGAGUCUCUACAUGCUUCUUGGCAAGCUGGAGACGAGCCCCGACAAUGGUGCCAAGAAGCCCGCGAGCUUUCUGCGUAGGGGGUCGGGUCGAUGGCUGCCGUGGGUAUUUCUGGCGUUGGAUAUUCUGGCGGUGCUGACGCAGGGGUCUGGGAGUGGGAUUGCGUCCUCGGGGAACUGGGAGGGGUCGACCAAGGACACGGGGAUUGGGGUGUUGAUUGGGGGGUUGGUGUUGCAGGUUGUUACGUUUGCGACGUACCUGGUUAUUAUGGUUUGGUUUCAUUGGAGGGCGACGGUGGAGGGUGGCCAGUUGCCGCAUGGGGUUCGGAUGGUCAUGAAGGGGGUAUAUAUUGCUGGGUUUUUUAUUAUGCUCCGCUCUAUCUAUCGGGUGUUUGAAUUUGCAUUCGGCAUUGACUCGUACACGUUUACGCAUGAAUGGCCGUUGUAUGUGCUCGAGGCUGUUCCCAUGUUUGUCGCCUUGUUGGUCUUGGGCUGGUUCCAUCCGGCGCGCUGGUUGGCAAUGUCUGGGCUGGAAGGGGAGCAGGUCUAUCCUCUGCGAAAGUCCCAUAGACGACAAGACACCGAAGAGCAAUCUCUAGCUUGA